GCCUCACCUGUGCGCAGUGAUGAUUCGGGCCGUUUGUCUAGAGUGCGCGCUCUUACUGCUUCUCUUCUUCCUUUGCGCGGCCGCGUGCGCCGAAUCACGCCGCCGGUCAGCGCGCGCUCCCGCUGCCAAGGUGCGCCUGGCAGGUAUCGGCCACAAAGAGAACGAGGGACGCGUUGAAGUCCUGCACAACGGGACGUGGGGAACCGUAUGCGACGACAAUAUCGACAUUAAACUCGCCAAUGUGGUUUGCAGAGAACUGGGUUUCCAAAGUGGCAUAACAUGGGCGCACAGUGCGACUUAUGGAGAGGGAGAGGGCCACAUUUGGAUGGAUAAUGUGAGGUGUGAGGGAACAGAGAAAACCCUAAAAGACUGUAAGUCCAACGGGUGGGGCGUUCAUGACUGCACGCACUCGGAGGACCUGGGGGUGGUCUGCAGUCCAGAGAGAAGGUUGGACCAAGUGCAUCCUGGAGUCUCCAGAAGAGGGCACACUAUCGCUCUCAGACCAAACGCUGUCAACUCGAACCAUUGGCAGGACAUUUACUCCAGUUCAAGGUCAGCUGCACAUCUCAGACAAGGCAAUAGGCAUUCACAGGAUCAAACAAGAUUGGAUCAGUUCUCCAGACACCAGUUUCAUAAUCCGUCUGCCAGUAAGGUGAGAAUUGAAGAUGUCCGUCUCCGACCGAUCUUGAUGUUUACAAAGAGGCGCACCCUUGUCACAGAAGGUGUGGUUGUAGUUAAGCAUGCUGGGAGAUGGAGGCAGGUGUGUGAUAAAGGUUGGAGUUUGAACAGCAGCAGAGUCAUAUGUGGGAUGCUCGGCUUUCCUGAUGCAGAGCAGCCCAACAUGAACAUCUACAAAAAAAUAUGGGAUAAAAAAGUCAAGGAUUCAACUACCAGAUUGAGUCAAAUGGCUAAAAAGAAGGGAUUCUGGGUUGAAAAAAUUCAUUGUCUGGGCACAGAGCCCAGUCUGGCUGAGUGUCAUGCCCAGCUGUCAAUCCACCGAAGCCCCACCCCCUGUAUGAAUGGACGUCAUGCUGUGGCCCGCUGUGUACCAGGACCCCAGUUUGCUCGUAUGUCCUCUGGGCAACCCCAGGCCCCUCACCCUGUGAAGCUGUCUGUGCGUUUGAAGGCAGGGCCACGUCUAGGGGAGGGCAGAGUCGAGGUUCUGCGUGAGGGAAAGUGGGGAACUGUGGUUGACCACCUGUGGGACCGUAUCUCAGCCAGCGUGGUGUGUAGAGAGCUGGGAUUUGGCACUGCCAAAGAGGCUCUUACUGGGGCGUACAUGGGUCAAGGUACAGGGCUGAUCCAUAUGAACUCAGUGCAGUGCACAGGCACAGAGCGUUCCAUUUUAGAUUGUUUUUUCCAGGAAGUCCCUCCCUGGAAAUUCAAACACAACAGGGAUGCUUCUGUUAAAUGCAAUGUCCCUAAGACAGGCUUGGAGACCACGGUGCGGUUGGCAGGGGGCAGGGAUCCAGGUGAGGGUCGUGUGGAGGUGCUUAUGGAGGUGGGGGGCAGAAAGCGAUGGGGGACGGUUUGCAGUGAGAACUGGGGAUUAAAUGAAGCCAUGGUAUUGUGCAGGCAGCUGGGCUUUGGGUUUGCCGCUCGUGCCCAUCAGGACACAUAUUAUUGGCAAGGGGACCCUGCAGCAGAGGAAGUGUUGUUGAGUGGCACUCACUGUGUUGGAACAGAAAUCUCCAUCCAGCAGUGUCGUCGUAAUCGUUACGUCCACUGUCCACGUGGAGGCGGGGCUAAAGCAGCUGGCGUCACCUGUUCAGAAACGGCACCUGACCUGGUGUUGGAUGCUCAGCUCGUGCAGGAGAGCGCUUACCUUGAAGACAGACCUCUGCAUUUACUCACCUGUGCACAUGAGGAGAACUGUCUCUCCUCUUCUGCCAGCCGUAUGAACUGGCCGCAUGGUCACCGUCGUCUUCUGCGUUUCUCCUCCCGUAUAAUGAACUUGGGCAGAGCCGACUUCCGUCCCCGUGCAUCAAGAGAGUCCUGGACCUGGCACCAGUGCCAUAGGCAUUAUCACAGCAUUGAAGUGUUUACACAUUAUGACCUCCUGACCCUCAACGGAAGUCGGGUGGCUGAAGGACACAAAGCCAGUUUCUGUCUAGAGGACUCUUACUGUCCUGAUGGACUUCACAAACGCUUUUCAUGUUACAAUUAUGGAGAUCAAGGGAUUUCGGUGGGUUGCUGGGACACGUACCGCCAUGAUAUCGACUGCCAGUGGAUAGACAUCACUGAUGUUAGACCUGGAGACUACAUCAUGCAGGUUGAGGUAAAUCCGUCCCUGGACAUGGCUGAAUCAGACUUUAUGAACAAUGCCAUGCGUUGCCGGUGCAGAUAUGAUGGACACAGAGUGUAUAUGUAUGGCUGCCAUGCAGGUGACUCCUAUAGCGCUGAAACUGAAGAUAUGUUUGAGCAUCAGCGUCAAAUCAGUAACAACUUUAUUUGAACCUAUUAAAAAGAGGUGAGAGGAUCUUAAAGCAAUAGUUUACCCAAAAAUGAAAUUUCUGUCAUCAUUUACUCACUCUCAUCUUGUUCCAAACAUUUACUGUAUGAUUUAUUUUUCCUUACAAAAGGAGAUGUUAGGCAUUGACAACCUCAGUCACCAUUCACUUUCAUUGUAUCUUUUGCCAAUACUAUGUCAGUGAAUGUUGACUGAGGCUGAACAAUAUUAGGGUAAAUAACAGAAUUUUCAUUUUUGAGUGAAUGAACCCUUUAAAUGGUUCUUGAAAUGCCGCUUAUUGGACAAUAAACUGGUUGAAAAAGAAAGAUUUUCCUAACUGAUCUCAGAACGGUCGACCAGUAGCACCACUGUGGAAGAGAUUUCAAACCGCUGGUUGGCUCUACGGCAUUGAAUUUACAUGUGUCCUAACCAGGCCACAAAAAUGUUUGAUAAGCUAAUGAGAGAUAAAAUCUUUCUCUUCUAUGUAAAUCUAAGUUUUUGUCCUAACCAGCCAUGACCACGAGUCUUAUGGUAAUCGUUUUUUCAGUCAUGUGGUCUGCAGCAUCACACAGUGUAGCCCCGCCCACAGUGAAAUCUGAUUGGUCCAUAAUCAAGUUAUCCUCUCCUCAUAACUGUGAAAUCGUUUUGUGUUCAUCGUGAACAGAAAUUGACGUAUCAAGCCUGGUUAGGACAUGGUGUUAGUCUAACAGCUUUUUGUAAAUCAACUGAAAUAAUAUGUGUUAUUAUCCGCUGAUUAACUGUUAGGGGCAUUGUUUUUAUUUUACUAAAUUAUGUUUUUCUUGAAAGGGAAUUGUUGUGAGUUUAUCAUGUAAUUGAAUUUUUUUUUUGUUCUGAUGACCUUGAAACUAGCAUUAGAAAAUAACACAUUUUUCAUACAUGUACCCAUAUAUUUAUUUCCUGACAAGUUGUUAUAUAACUAAUGCCUCAGUAUAAAUGUUGAAUUUGUAACUAAUUUGAAUUAUACUUACCAAAGCAUAUUGAAGAUUGGUGUGUUCUGAGUGAAAAGACUUUGAUAUUACCAAUGUGAUUAUAGUAAGAUCCAAAUGACGUGUGUUUGUUUGUUUGGUUGUUUUUUUCUGUUAAUUUUUGAGUGUUAUAUCUAAUUUCAGUUAUUUUAAUUGAGUUAAGCACUUUAUUGAUGGACUGUCAGUAUUCUGGUAGAAAUAAGUGAGUCACUACCAUGUAUCAACACUUGUGUGUGUUUGUUUGUUUACUGACAUGUUCAGGUAUUUGUACUUGCUUGCCUUUUUCGAUAGACCAUUUCUUAAUUUGUCAGUGAUUUUCCUCAAUCCUAAAGGAUAACAAAGGAUGUUGUAUAUGCUGAAGAUUAAUUUAUUUAAUACAUUGUUCAACACAUUUUCUGGGUGAGCGAUUUAUUAGUUUCAUAACUGGUAGUAUAAAUAAACGCUUUUUAAAUGGUUUACUGUUUAUAUAUUAAUUAAACGUAUUGCCGAUUUGAAUUGUGGUUGAAUGGUUUUUGUUGCUCAUUCUAGCUUGUACUUAUUAUUAUAAUUAUUAUUUAAAGGUUAUUACAAUGUUGCAACAAUUGUCCUGAAAAAUAUAAUUUGAUUUUUUUUUACUAGAUGCUGGGAAAACUAUAUGAUGACUGUCAUUUUAAUGCCAAUCACCAUAUACAGUUCUUACUGCAGUAUUUUAAGAUUAAUUAAAAUCUAACUUUGGCAAACCAAAAGUUGUCUCUUGAGUUAGAGUAUUGAAUAUAUUCUAAAAGUUGUGAACACUUGUUGCAUUCUUUGCCAAUAAAUAGUGAAAAUAACAUUAUAAUUUUCAUCCUGUAUGUGUUUAGGAUUUAUUUAUAUAUGCAAUUAUUUGCACAGUAAACGACAUGUAUAACAGAAGUUAUUGUGCAUAUUAUGAACUGAUCCAUAAUUUGUUCCUAUACUGUUAAUCCCAAAUUCUCAUGUUAGAGUAUAUUUCUUCAUCAAUCUGUUUAAAUAGUAAUCUGUUGAUUUUUAUCAAAACUUUUAUUUGUCCAGAUUGGUUUUAUGCCCUUUCCCUUUCCUUUAAUAUCAACACUACUUUUUUAAUGCCAUUUUUAAGAUCACAGUAACCCAUCCCUACAUUGUGUACAGUUACUCCUGCCACAUAACUCUAGCAUACUCUUGAACCAUUUACCUUUUACAAGUGCUUCUAUUUAUUACUUACAUAAUGUCACUGUAUGCUUUUAUUAUUCAUGGUGCAUAAAUUGAUUUUACUUCAUAGUUCUAAGUUUACUUUUGGUGCUAUUAUGAACUUUUCUUAUGGAGCAGUUGAGAGUUUAAGCUCUUAUAUGUAAUUUUCUGUACCCUCAGGGAUGACAUAUGUGUCUUCUCCAGUUUGUCCAACAUAUUGUUUAAAAUCACUCGGCCAGCCAGGAUAGAUAUAACUGGAAAAGUGAUACUAAAUCAUUCCAGCAACUACAACAUGAUGUAAAACUCUUGUUACUGUUCUGUAGUGGAUGUUACAGUAAUGUUAUGUCAAUGUCAACAACUGAUGUUAACUGUGAAUAAAUAUACCUUUUCAGGUUUCAUUCAGCUACCUGUACUCUUAGUUUUCUGCUCAUUGUAUACAAUGAUCCAUUGUAUAGUGACUAGU